AUGACUUCCGGACAAUUACCAAUAACUUCACCUUUUACAUUCCCAUCAUCAGUAUCAUCAAUUCCUACAGAACGAUUCAAAUUUUUCAUUCCACCUUCCUAUAUUUUUCCGCCACCAUUUCCGCCUCAUUAUUUUAGCAGCGCAUUUUUUAGACCAAUUCAAUUUCCACAUUUCAAUACUUUAAAUGAUCCUUUCAAAUGUUUGAGACCAACGUUGCAGUGUCCGUCAUGCAAAAAUAUUUAUUUAAAUCCGACUGAUUUAAUGAUUCAUAUGGCAUGGCAUCGACAACAAGCGCAACUGCAGCUGCAAUCAGUUGCAUGCAGUAGUAGUAGUAAUACAUCGUUUAUCACAAAUGCUAAUUUCAAUGCAACUAGUAAUAGUAGCAGUAGCAGUGGCAAUUGUAUUACUAUUAGAAGUAAUACCAAAAAUAAUGCUACAAAUCGAGUAAAAAUAACCGGAUCCGGUUCAGCUAGUGCCAGAAACGGUAAUUCAACACGAUCAUCACAUGUCAACACUUGCAAAUGUUCCGUAUGUGGUAAAACAUUCACAAGACAUUGGCUUCUUCAGGGACAUAUGCGAACACAUACUGGUGAAAAACCAUUUCAAUGUCCCAUAUGUACUAAAGCAUUUGCUGACAAAAGUAACUUACGCGCUCAUGUCCAAACACAUAGUGGAAUCAAACCAUAUGUUUGUCAACGUUGUGGGAAACGUUUUGCGUUAAAAAGUUACUUAUCAAAACAUGAAGAAUCAACAUGUAUACGAUCUAUUAUUAAACCAAGGAAAAAUUCCUAG